AUGCUGUGCGUCGGCGUGGUUGCGGCCGCCGGGCCUGAGCCUUUUACGACUCCUGCCAACCUGUCGCACUACAAGCCCGGGGACGUGAUUUACACUCGCAAAGCUGCUCCCCCUCCCCUAGAGAAACACGCCAUCUUGGCGGAUGCCGUGUACCAGUUGCUGUUCAGAAGCUCAGACAGCAACAAUGAGUCAAUCGCAGCGGUCACCACGCUCGUCAUCCCCAAACAGCCCGAGGUAGUACGUCCUCUGAAUAGCAAAGGUCCACCCUCGCACACCAUCCUGAGCUAUCAGGCUGCGCAGGACUCGGUCAGCCUCGCGUGCUCGUCGUCGUCACUGUGGGGCCGCAAUGACUCCGACAGCACGACCUCGAGUGAGGGUGAAACGGCCCAGGUCAUUGGAUGGGCACUCUACCGCGGCGUCUAUCUCGUUCUGCCCGAUUGGCAAGGCCCGCACUCAUCGUACGGCGUCGGACGUCUGGCGGGUAAAGUAGUCCUUGACUCGCUCCGAGCUGUCGAGCACUUUCAAAAGCUCAAUGGCUCACAAGUACUCAUGUACGGUGCCAGUGGUGGCGGUCAUGCUACCGCUUGGGCAUCCACCAUGGCGGCCUCGUAUGCUCCUGAGCUCAAGGUGGUGGGCGCAUCAUUCGGCGGCGCGCCUCUCGAUCAAGAGCAGCUAAUACGCAGCGCGAAUGAUGGGCCAUUCUCACUGUACUCCGCCGCCAGCCUGCUCGGCUUGGCAACGCAGUAUCCCGAAGUCCAAGCAGCCGUCAACAAGACAAAGGGCCCUAAAGAGGCGGCCCACCUCCGCAUGCUCACGACUCCUGCAGCUUGCACCAACACAUCGAUUGCUGACUUUGGCAGCAUCGACGUGCUCAGUCUCUUCCAGGGCGGCAGUCCGCUGGGCAAUCACAACGUUCAACGAGCACUCGGCCGCGAGACUCUGCUCCCUGAUCGAGCCGCAGGCUUCAAUAUUGCCGUGCCCAGGUUCCCGCGCUACAUCUUCCAUUCUCUCCUCGACGAGGUAGCCCCGCACAAUGACACACUCGCGUACGUCAAGGAUCAGUGCAAGCGUGGAGGUGAUAUUGUGCUGGAUACGUACAAGGGGCGCGGCUGGCCGGGGCUGGGCAACCACUCCGCUGCUCGGUACGGCGUGUGGUCCUUGCCCCUAGGAGCGCUUGGCUUCUUCCUGCACGGCGAGAAGUUUGGUGUACCGUGUGGGGAAGGCCCGCCCGGAUUCGAGGAGGUGUAG